GAACAAAACUAAAGUGCAGCGUCUUUUCGUGAUGAUGUCUUCCAAGAUCCACCGUUCUGUCCUGCCGACCGCUUCACGACGCUUCUUCCACUCGGAGGUGCACAACAAGGAGCUUAUCCAGUCCGGGGGACUGAUCAAUGGCAAAUGGGUCGAGGCUCACUCCAACAAGCACUUCGCAGUGAUCGAUCCUUCCACCAACACGGAGAUUGCGCGUGUCGCCAACAUGGGCCGCGUCGAGACCAACGAAGCCAUUGCAGCCGCACUGGCAGCUCAGAAGAAAUGGCGCAAAACCACGCCAGCGUCCCGCUCCGUGCUGCUCAAGAAAUGGCAUGCGGCCAUCGUGGCCAGCACGGAGGACCUGGCUGUCAUCGCCUCCGUUGAGAGCGGCAAACCACUACCUGAAGCCAAGGGAGAAGUGGCUUACGCUGCCGGCUUCAUCGACUUCUACGCGCACGAGAUUAUGCACUCGAGCGGUUUUUUGCCCUCCUCGUCAGCACCUGACCACAAGAUCAUGGCCAUUAAAGAACCCGUGGGCGUAUGCGGCAUCAUCACGCCUUGGAAUUUCCCGCUCGCCAUGAUCACUCGUAAGCUAGGCCCAUGUCUGGCGGCCGGUUGCACAGCCGUGGUGAAGCCAGCGGCUGAGACGCCGCUGUCCGCCUUGGCACUGGCCAAGUUGGCCGAAGACGUCGGUAUUCCGGCUGGUGUCAUCAACGUGGUGCCGUCUCCCAAUGGCAAGGCGGCCGAGGUCGGUGGGGCUCUGACCAGUAGCCACGACAUCCGCAAGAUUUCAUUCACAGGCUCCACACGUGUCGGCAAGCUGCUGAUGGAGCAGUCAGCCGAGACUGUCAAGCGCGUGUCGCUCGAGCUUGGAGGCAAUGCCCCGUUCAUUGUGUUCGAAGACGCCGACAUUGACAAGGCACUGGAUGGACUGAUGGACUCCAAGUUCCGCAACACCGGCCAGACGUGCGUGUGCAGCAACCGCAUCUUCAUUCACGUUAACAUCUACGACGAAUUCGCAGCCAAACUCGUAGAGCGUGUCAAGAAGCUCAAGAUGGGCCCACCUCGGGAGGAAGGCGUGAAGCUCGGCCCACUGAUUGGCCCCAACGCCUUCCUGAAGACGUCGGAGCUGGUGGAAGAUGCGGUCACGAACGGGGCAACGGCUCUUGUUGGUGGUAAGCCCAGUGACAUCGGACGCAAUUUCUUCGAGGCAACUGUGCUGGCCCACGUCGAUAACACGAUGCGUGUGUGGAGCGAGGAAAUUUUCGGGCCUGUUGUCCCGCUAUUCAAGUUCUCUACGGAGGAGGAGGUAAUCAAGAUGGCCAACGGAACGGAGGCUGGCCUCGCAGGCUACUUUUUCUCGCAGAAUCUGUCUCGCACUUGGCGUGUUGCUGCCGCUUUGGAUUGCGGUAUGAUCGGAGUCAACACGGGUGUCAUCUCGAACGUGCAAGCUCCGUUCGGCGGUGUGAAGCAAUCUGGGCUUGGACGUGAGGGUUCAUUUAUGGGCCUGGAAGAGUACCAGGAAACGAAAAUGGUUUGUGUGGGUGGACUGGAUUAAGUUACCAAGGCGAUACUCACUAGGAUUUCUGAGUAGCUGUAGUAGCGAAUAAAGCAAUCGUUGUCA